AUGGUCGAGAAGCUCUUUGUAACCUAUAACGAUGUCCACAAACUCUGCCAGGAAGCGGCUCCCCGCAUCCUCGAACACAUCCAACCCGACCUCAUGAUCGCCAUCGGCGGCGGUGGCUACGUGCCCGCCCGCAUCCUCCGCUCUUUCCUCAAGCGCCAAGACGGCCCCAACAUCCCCAUCCAGGCCAUCGGCCUCUCCCUCUACGAGAGCCUGCCCUCCCUCAUCGGCACCGAGCACGUCAUAGAGAUCCCCGGAACCAAGGUCACGCGCACGCAGUGGCUCGAUCUCAGCUCGCUCGGCCAGAUGGAGAACCUCGUGGGCAAGAAUAUCCUCAUCGUCGACGAGGUGGACGAUACGAGGACUACGCUGGAUUAUGCUGUGAGGGAGUUGGAGAAGGAUGUUGAGGCUGCUAGGGUGAGGAUGGGUUCUAAGGCGCCCCAGACGAAAUUUAGCAUUUUCGUCCUACAUAACAAGGAUAAGGAAAAGAAGGGAACCCUCCCUGACGAGGUCAUCAACGACGGCCGGUACAUCGCUGCCAGGACCGUCAAGGACGUGUGGAUUUGCUAUCCUUGGGAGGCAACGGACAUCGAUGAGCAUGACAGGCAAGCGGCUGAGGCUGCUGCUACAAAGAAGAGUGCUCAAGCUUGA